AUGCCAGCCUAUAUUUAUAAUUGUGCUUCCCCUAUGUUACAUUUUUUUAUAAUGAUUGAACGUGUUUUGGCUACUGUUUUCGCUAAAAUUUAUGAAAAUCAAGGCAAAAAGUUUGGUGUUGUCAGUACAAUUAUUGUGGUAAAAGUUUAUUUUUAAUUUGAUUAAUUCCUUA